CGUCAAUAUUGUUGAUAGUUUGCCCAAGUUACCUUUGUUAAAUAAGUAGCGAACGAGGCAUGCUUGAACACUACCCAGCUAAAAACGUUGACCUCAGUGGUUCAAAAGGUCAUUUAUUAUCAACAAACCUGUGAGUCGUGAGAAGACAUCGUGGAAUAACAGUGAAAAGCUGUCAGUGUGGAAAUCCCAUACUCGCUCCGACACUAGACCAUAUAAGAAUUCCACGUUUAGUUCUUUCUUGAAGAUGGGUUGCAGUGGCAGUAAAAGCACCGGGGUGGACAGUCAGAGCACAAGCAAAAUAGUAUUGCACUACUUCGUUGUCCGAGUCCGUGCCGAACCGAUACGACUUCUUUUGCACUAUGGUGGAAUUAAAUUUGAAGACAAAAGAUACACAAUGGAACAAUGGAUGGAGAUGACUAAGAAGGGUGAGUUCAGGGGUCCGUUUGGUGUUCUGCCAUAUGUUGAAUAUAACGGUGAGAUUUUGGGACAAAGCAUCGCUAUACUAAGAUUCGCUGCUAGAUCAGUCGGUGCGUUCGGAGAGAAUGCUGUGGAAACAGCUCAGGCGGACAGCAUAGCUGACACCGUAACUGAAUUGGUGGAACCGCUUAGCGGCCUCUUACUUAUGAAGCCAGAUGACAUGGAGGAACAAUUGAAAACCCUUUACGCUGCCACUAUUGUUACAAGUAUGAAAAUGUUAGAAAACCAAAUCUCGACGACGAACGACGGCAAAACAGGGUAUCUAGUUGGCAAGAAGAUUACACAUGCUGAUUUCAUGGUGUUCAAUAUUAUGGAGACGAUAGAGAAGACGUAUCAAAAGGACGAUUUGGACAUCUAUGCGGAAUUUCCACUACUGAAAGGUCAUCGCGACCUUAUAAAAAAUUUGCCACAGCUGCAAAAGUACCUUAAUUCACGUCCUGACCUACCUUUGUAGUGACAGUCUUAUAACUAAUACAAUAAUUGUCUGUUUAAAUUGGGAAAUUCAACUUUGAGGUGACACAAUUAGUUAAACUAACAUGUACUUCCAAUAAAUUAUUUAGGUUCGUAUCCUGAAAAAUAGUACAGUUUAAUUGUAUUUUAGUAACAUCCCGACUUAUUUCUUAAGCGGAAAUUGCUCUUGCCUGAAUAACCC